GGGAGCCGCCGGCCGCGAGCGCCAGCGCCAGGGACAGCCAGGAAAAAAAGGACGUUCACUGGAGUAAAAUGGAGGCCUCAGUAAUAUUACCCAUUCUGAAGAAGAAACUAGCCUUCCUUUCAGGAGGAAAGGACAGACGAAGUGGCCUCAUUCUGACAAUUCCAUUAUGCCUUGAACAGACAAAUAUGGAUGAGCUGAGUGUCACCUUAGACUACCUCCUCAGCAUCCCAAGUGAAAAGUGUAAGGCUAGAGGAUUCACCGUGAUCGUGGAUGGCAGGAAAUCACAGUGGAAUGUGGUAAAAACAGUAGUCUUAAUGCUACAGAAUGUUGUUCCAGCUGAGGUGUCCCUUGUUUGUGUAGUGAAGCCAGAUGAAUUCUGGGAUAAGAAAGUAACACAUUUCUGUUUUUGGAAAGAAAAGGAUAGACUUGGCUUUGAGGUUAUUUUAGUGUCUGCCAAUAAGUUGACUCGUUAUAUAGAACCAUGCCAGUUAACAGAAGAUUUUGGUGGGAGUCUCACCUAUGAUCACAUGGACUGGUUAAAUAAGAGGCUGGUUUUUGAGAAGUUUACAAAGGAAUCUACAUCAUUAUUGGAUGAACUUGCUUUGAUUAACAAUGGAAGUGAUAAAGGAAAUCAGCAAGAGAAAGAAAGGUCUGUGGAUUUAAACUUUCUUCCGUCAGUUGAUCCUGAAACAGUUCUUCAGACAGGGCAUGAAUUGUUAUCCGAAUUACAGCAGCGUCGAUUUAAUGGCUCAGAUGGAGGGGUCUCAUGGUCUCCUAUGGAUGAUGAACUGCUUGCACAGCCACAGGUUAUGAAAUUAUUAGAUUCACUCCGAGAGCAAUAUACCCGCUACCAGGAAGUUUGUAGGCAACGUAGUAAACGCACACAGUUAGAAGAGAUUCAACAGAAGGUGAUGCAGGUCGUGAACUGGCUCGAAGGGCCUGGAUCAGAACAACUAAGAGCGCAGUGGGGGAUUGGCGACUCCAUCAGGGCUUCCCAGGCCCUACAGCAGAAGCACGAAGAGAUCGAGAGCCAGCACAGUGAAUGGUUUGCAGUAUAUGUGGAGCUUAAUCAGCAAAUUGCAGCGCUCCUGAAUGCUGGGGAUGAGGAAGAUCUUGUGGAACUCAAGUCACUGCAGCAACAGCUUAGUGAUGUUUGUUAUCGACAGGCCAGCCAGCUGGAAUUUAGGCAAAAUCUCUUACAAGCAGCUCUUGAAUUUCAUGGUGUUGCCCAGGAUUUGUCUCAGCAGUUGGAUGGCUUAUUAGGGAUGUUGUGCGUAGAUGUAGCACCAGCUGAUGGAGCAUCGAUUCAGCAAACUUUAAAACUGCUUGAAGAGAAGCUGAAAAGUGUUGAUGUGGGAUUGCAAGGUUUGCGUGAAAAAGGUCAAGGUCUCCUGGAUCAGAUCUCCAAUCAGGCAUCCUGGGCUUAUGGGAAGGACGUAACCAUUGAAAAUAAAGAAAAUGUGGACCACAUACAAGGAGUGAUGGAAGAUAUGCAACUUAGGAAACAAAGAUGUGAAGAUAUGGUAGAUGUGCGAAGGUUAAAGAUGCUUCAGAUGGUGCAGUUGUUUAAAUGUGAAGAAGAUGCUGCCCAGGCUGUGGAAUGGCUAAGUGAACUUCUGGAUGCUCUGCUUAAGACCCACAUCAGAUUGGGCGAUGAUACUCAAGAAACGAAAGUUUUGCUGGAAAAGCAUAGAAAAUUUGUUGAUGUUGCACAGAGCACUUAUGACUAUGGUAGGCAGUUGCUACAGGCCACAGUUGUGUUGUGCCAAUCUUUGCGCUGCACUUCUCGAUCAUCUGGGGAUACGCUUCCUCGACUAAACAGAGUAUGGAAACAAUUUACAAUAGCAUCUGAAGAGAGAGUGCAUAGGUUGGAAAUGGCUAUUGCAUUUCACUCUAAUGCUGAAAAGAUUUUGCAAGACUGUCCAGAAGAGCCUGAAGCUAUUAAUGAUGAAGAGCAAUUUGAUGAAAUUGAAGCUGUUGGGAAAUCACUUUUGGAUAGAUUAACUGUUCCUGUAGUUUAUCCUGAUGGAACCGAGCAAUAUUUUGGGAGUCCAAGUGACAUGGCUUCUACUGCAGAACACAUCAGAGACAGGAUGAAACUAGUUAGUCUCAAAAGGCAGCAGCUGAGACAUCCUGAAAUGGUGACCACAGAGAGCUAAUAGCUACCAGCUUCCCGCAGCUCUGCAGUUCGUAAUCCCGCGUGUUGUCAGCAUACUACAGCAUUAGCCACAACACCUUGAGAUGCAUUUCACAGCCAGGAUAAGCCUCAUUUCUUUUCAUGACACAUUGCUCUCUACAUGUUAACACCUUGCAACUACCAAGACAUAAUUAUUUAACAUGCUUUGAGACCAUAGACUCCCAAAUAUCUUAAAAGAAGGAACUAUAAACAUUGCACUGAAAACUUGCAUUAAAGCUUUACCUGACCUGUCAGUUUGUAGAUGAACAACUGAUAAUAAGCUUUGAAUGGUGCUAAUAAGAGUUUAGGAAUUCUCUAUAU